UAUGAUGCGGUAUCAAGGGUAACCUAAAAUCUCAUUGUUUAUAUUAGCGGUUAUGCAAACGCGGGUGCAGUGUGAGCGAUGAGACGCGCGAGUGCGGCCGCCAGUGGUUUGCUGAUGGUGCUGUACGUCAUUGCUGAUGCUGGCGGCGACACGCUGGACAUCCUCGGGGCGGCGCUGCCGCCGUUCAUUGCCAACAACUUCGAGCAGCUCGUGAAGGCGGCAGCUGACAGUUGUGACAUUCUACCUCUGGAGCUGCUGUUCUCUCGACGAUACACAUCUGAGAUACCAUUCCUCGACAUGGUGGAAUUUACACGGGAGAGCACACGAGCGUACAAGAUUUCUGCAGCUCACCAGCGAUUGCGUGACCAUCCACCUCCACCGUUACUCAUAAUAUACAUCCCAGGAUGGUGGAACACCCCUACAGAUGAAUCCUCUGAAGCCCUAGUGACGGCUCUCCUUCACAAAAACCCCAUAGUGUUAGUUGUCGACACGAGACCUAUUUUUCGGCGAGGCUACAUCGCGUCUGCAUCCCGGGUGAAAGCAUUAGCUCACCUCCUGCACAGCUUCAUAACAAAAGUACAUCAACAAGGAUAUCCUUUAUCGUCUAUCCAUCUUAUAGGUUUCAGUUUGGGGGCUCAUGUAGCUGGCAUGACAGGAAAGUUAGUACAAAGGAGUUUACAUGGAAGGCUAGGGAGGAUCAUAGCUCUGGACCCGGCGAGGCCAUGUUUCAUGAGGCCCUCUGAUUACCGGCUAAAUAGAUCAGAUGCGGACUUCGUUCAGGUGGUGCAUUCUAGUGCUGGAGUACUAGGGCUCGAGCAACCAGUAGGAGAUGCGGAUAUUUAUGUAAAUGGGGUGUCGGUAAAGCAGCCUGAAUGUAGAGACCGGAGCAUUACUCUGGAGUGCGACCACGCGCAAGCCUGGAGGCUGUAUGCGGCUUCGGUGAUAAACGAGCGAUCUCUGAUGGCCCGAAAAUGUUACACUUGGGAGCAACUGAUGAAUGGAUACUGUACUGGCAAUGAGACAGCGAUGGGAUACUCGUGUAGUGUUAAUUUUCGGGGUAUGUUCCUUUAUAAGUCAAAUAAUGGGAUACAACAAAAGACAGAUACUCAUGUGCAAGUGUUCAACCCUUUCGACAUAUUUUCAUGGUUUCAAUUAUAACAUAGUCAAUUAAAUUAUAGUUUCUGUUAUUGUGUUUUAAGUUUUAAUAUUUUUGUUUGGUUGUGUGACUGUAUGAACAUGAAAUUAUAUCGUUUAUUGCAUGGAUAUGUGUUAAACGCAACAGUUGUUUUUUGUUCACGUUGUGAUUUUGUAUCUGUGAUAUUAGAUUAUGUGCUUACUGUAUUUAUUUAUAAGUGUACAAUAAAAUAAUGGUUUUUGAAACACA